GCUCAGCGUGUAGCGUGCGCUAUGGAGCCGCAAGUAGCAGAGCUGAAGCAGAAGAUUGAGGACACGUUGUGCCCUUUCGGCUUCGAGGUUUACCCCUUCCAGGUGGCAUGGUACAAUGCACUCCUGCCUCCAGCCUUCCACCUGCCCCUGCCAGGACCUACCCUGGCCUUCCUGGUACUCAGCACACCUGCCAUGUUUGACCGGGCCCUCAAGCCCUUCCUGCAGAGCUGCCACCUCCAACCACUGACUGACCCUGUGGACCAGUGUGUGGCAUACCACCUGGGCCGUGUUAGAGAGAGCCUCCCAGAGAUGCAAGUAGAAAUCAUCGCUGACUACGAGGUACACCCAAACCGGCGCCCCAAGAUUCUGGCCCAGACAGCAGCCCAUGUGGCAGGGGCAGCUUAUUACUACCAACGACAGGAUGUGGAGUCUGACCCCUGGGGAACCCAGCACAUAUCAGGUGUGUGUAUACAUCCCAGAUUUGGGGGCUGGUUUGCCAUCCGAGGGGUCGUGCUGCUGCGAGGAAUAGAGGUGCCAGAUCUGCCACCCACAAAGCCCCUCGACUGUGUACCUGCAAGAGCUGACCGGAUCACCCUGCUUGAACGCUUCAACUUCCAUUGGCGUGACUGGACUUACCGGGAUGCUGUACCACCUCAGGAGCGCUACUCAGAAGAGCAGAAGGCCUACUUUUCCACUCCGCCUGCCCAACGCUUGGCCUUACUGGGCUUGGCCCAGACCUCAGAGGAGCCUAGCUCUACAUCCCAAGAGCUUCAUUUCACCACAUUCAUCCCCAGGAAGCCUCAGAAUCCCAGCAGAGGCUGGCUCAGCCCCAGGGUCUCACCACCUGCAUCCUCUGGCCCUUGAUACCCUCCCCUCCCCUGUGGGAUCCUCAUUUAUGACAGUUGCACCUGCUGGGACUUAUUUGGCUAGACAAGAUUUUAUUGGGUACAAGAUGAUCAUUUUUGAUAAAGAAUUAUAGUAGAGAUAUUAAAUGAAGAUAACAAGGCUUAAAGAAGUUUGGUCAAAAGACCA